AUGAACAGCUCUGUUUUAAGUCCGACAGCAGACUCACUUAAAGGAGACUCGAAUGUUUUCUUCACAGCCUUUGGAGUGCUUGUAGUCACCCUCACCAUGACGGUAACACUUCUCGGCGACUGUUUGAUUUACGCCGCAUUCAACAGCAACGCGAGUCUUCGCACAAGGGCGAACUUGUUUUUCAUUUCGUUAAUAACAGCAGAUAUCUUUCAAGCGCUGUUGGUUAUGCCUUUAGAAUUGGUUCGUAUCGUGAGUGAACCUCAAUGGCCCAUCAGUGACACGAUGACAAAGUUAUGGAACUCCAUGUUCGUUUGUUUUGGCACGGCGUCAGUCUGCAAUUUAGCAGCUAUUAGCGUGGAACGAUACGUAACAAUUUCACGGCCCUUGACACACCAUGCAACUAUUAUCACGAAGGAAACAUUUGCAGCAGUUUUACUUAUUUGGGUUUACGCUCUAAUAAGUAGCAUUCUUAGCUUUUUUGCUUGGAAAACGCCAAACGCUCUAAAUCCUGGAUUUACCAUUUCACUGAGCCACGCUAUUCCGCUGUUGUUGCUCGACAUUUUGAUGCCGUUUAUUGUGUGCCUUGUUUCAUACGCCCUAAUUUAUCGAAUCUCUCGGCAACAUUCGUGUAGAAUUGCUCUUUUAUGUGGCUGGACUCCGUUAGACGACCACAAGAUACAAAUUGUUAAGGAACGAAAAUGCGCCAAAACGCUAAGUCUUCUUGUAGGAAUAUUUACGAUAUGUUCAUUACCGUUUUUUGUUUUUCACGUCGUAAACGUUUCCCGUUACAACGAAAAGCUUCCCUGUCGCCGAUAUGCGAGCCAGAUUGUCAAAUGGCUUUGCUAUAUCAACUGCGCGUGUAACUGGGCGCUUUAUGGAUUCCUAAACCAAGAGUUUAGAGAAGUUUUGUUUGUUAUGUUUAAGAAAUGCCACCUACGUAUCAUGUCACUUCUGCAGUCAAAUCGCGUAGUGCCUCUUCCGUGA